AUGGACGAGUUCGGCAUUGGCGUCGGGUUGUACUACAGGCAGCUGCUGCUCUUCGGCAUUGUCAUCAUGUUUUGCGCCAUCGUUUACAUCCCCACCAUGGCGCAUAACGCGGGCUUUAACGACAGGAACAACAGCACAACGCCCGCCGUCCUGAUCGGGACCGCUCACAAUGCGGAAAGGUAA